AUGGCACAAGAAAAUAAUAUGUCCUUAGUAUUCCCAAUGGAAGAUGAUCAGCAUAAUUUUCGUUAUUAUCGAGAAGAGAAAGAAGAAAAUGAAAAUACAAAGGACACAUUUGUUUUAGCAAGAAGUUCACUUCAAUCAACAACUCUUUUCGUUAAAAUUGAUAUUCAUGAUCUUUGUACUACAUUACCUCAUCAUUUACUUAUUCAAGCUUUAGAAAAAUUUCUACGUAUCUAUGUACGAAGUGAACAAAUCAAUGGAACAUCAAUAACAACUAUUGUUCAACGUGUUCAACUUAUUCUUGAAAAUCAAUUUAAUAUCCAUGAAAACCAAUUCUAUCAACAGAUUGUUCGUGGCUCAAAUUCUUCAUCCUUAAUCAAAGGAAUAGUCGAUAUAUAUCUAUAUCAUUUAACAUACAAGUUAUAUGCAAGAUUAUUCAAUAGAAAAGAAGUUAUUGCAAGAUGUCUUAAUCAAAAAUUCUUUAUUUGGAAUGAACCGAAACAUGAACUUCUUGCUUUCCUUAAGAAAAUCAAUUGUCUUCAUUCAAAACAUAUUCAUAUCAAAAUAACAACAUCAAUCGAUUACAAAAAUACAAUAUCUUAUUCCUGA